CUGAUUUUCGGUGGGUCAGGCUGAAUCCACUGGUUCUGAGCUCAGCCAAGUUCUACGUGCAUCUCCGAUCAAAGCCGAUCCUGAGAACUCCUUUGGGCGCCGUUUUCAGGAAAAGGCCAUCUUCUGGUUGAGCACAGGGGCCAUUUCAGGUGCUACACAUGGGGGAGACCAUCUCGGAUCUUCCACUUUCGGCACGACACCGACAUGUGCAUCAUUCCACCGGUCCGCGCCCGGCUCGCAGUCUGCGCCGGUCCCGGCCGGCUCGCGCGGAAGUCGUCCGACUUUUGGCGGUGCGAGCUUCUUGGGGCAGAUCGGCUGACCAGGAACACCACUGGCAGACCUUCUCGGUGCCCUAUAGCCCCGCCUUUAGCCACGAGAUACGCCUCGCCAGCGAAGCGCUCGAUCCGAUUGGCCUGGACGAGCGGAAGGUCAUCGCACGCCGGGCCAUCUUGGAGCUUCGGCCCAAGGCCCUCGUCAACGUGGGCGCCGGGAUGCCCGACCGGGUGGCACGGGUCGCGCAUGAGGAAGGCGUGCUGGAGCAGGUGACCAUCACUUUAGAGCCAGGGGUGGUCGGCGGCAUUCCUGCAAGCUCGCCCAACUUCGGCGCCGCGGUCAACGUGGACGCGCUCAUCGACCAGCCAUCGAUGUUCGACUUCUACGAUGGCGGCGGCUUGGACAUGGCGUUUCUGGGCAUGGCACAGGUCGACGCGGCUGGGAACGUGAACUCUUCACGCUUUGGCACCAAGCUGUCGGGCGCGGGAGGCUUCAUCAAUAUCAGCCAGAAUUGCAAAAAGGUCGUCUUCGUGGGCACCUUUACCUGUGAUGGAUUGGAAGUGUCAGUUCAAAAUCAACUCACAAUCCUCAAGGAGGGCACGUGCCGCAAGUUUGUGCAGCAGGUGGAGCACGUCACCUUUUCCGGUGACUAUGCUCGAGAAAGGAAGCAAGAGGUGCUCUACGUCACGGAGCGAUGCGUCUUUCAACUGACCUCCAACGGCUUAGAGCUCACGGAGGUUGCCCCUGGCAUCGACUUGGAGAAGGAGGUCUUGGCACAUAUGGACUUCCAUCCACGGAUCCGGUCGCCCGGUCCGCGGUGGAUGGAGCAGCGCAUCUUCAGGGAUGCCUUGAUGGGCUUAGGCAAGGGCUCUUUGCCCUUCAGCGAGAACACCCGCGUGCUCUUUGAUACUGCCAAUGCCGCGAGUGUGGGCAACACUGAGAUCGGCUGUGAGCAGCUGCUGCUGGCCUUCUGCGAGCCGCCACUGGCGCAAAGCGGAGCCAUGGUGUUGCUUAAAGGCCUCGGGCUUUCAGGGGAGAAGUUGAAAGCGGCGGUCGAGGAGGAGCUGUCGGCCCCCGUUGACGAGAGACAACUCGCUGCAGUGGGGGCCGAUGAGAAGGGCGACUCAGAUCUGACCUUGGACCAAGUGGCCACCGAUCUCACGCAGAUGGCCAUGGAUGGGCUCUUGGAUCCAGUGGUAGGUCGACAAGAGGAGAUGGAGCGCAUCAUCCAGAUCUUGCUACGGAAGCGAAAGAACAACUGCUGCCUCGUGGGCCCUCCCGGCGUCGGCAAGACGGCCGUGGUGGAGGGCUUGGCGCAACGCAUCGCGCAGGGGGAGGUGCCUUCACGCUUGCGUGGGAAGCAGCUCUACUCCUUGGACUUGGGGCAAUUGGUCGCUGGCACCAAGUACCGGGGCGAGUUCGAAGACCGCUUGAAGAAAGUGAUCAAUGAGGUGACCAGUGAUGAAAGAGACAUUUGUCUCUUCAUCGACGAGAUUCACCAGAUCAUCGGCGCGGGCGCCGCAGGUGCCGACUCCUCCAUGGACGCGGCGAACCUUCUGAAGCCUUCCUUGGCACGUGGAGAGCUUCAGGUCAUUGGCGCGACCACUGCGGACGAGUACACCAAGCACAUCGAGAAAGAUGCAGCCCUGGAGCGACGCUUCCAAAGGGUGAACUGUGAGGAAGCAUCAGUCUCGGAGACCUUGGAGGUCCUCGAGGGCUUGAGACCCUCCUACGAGGCGCAUCACGGAGUGCUCUUGUCCCCGGACGCCUUGCAAGCGGCCACGCGGCUCUCGCAACGCUAUCUCACCAAUCGUUUCUUGCCCGAUAAGGCGGUGGAUCUCAUUGAUGAAGCCAGCAGCCUCGCGCAAUGGCGCAUGGAGCUUCAGUUAGAGCAGGCAAAUGAGGAGGAGUCACCUGGAGAGCAGCCAAAGCCCGUGGUCACAGCCGCAGACGUGGCAGCAGUGCUCUCGAAGUGGUCGGGCGUGCCCGUGGACCGCAUCGAGCAGGGCGAAUCCGAGCGGCUGAUGCACUUGGAAGAGAUCCUCUCCAAGCGCAUCGUCGGCCAAGACGAAGCCGUGAGCGCCUUGGCGCGCGCGGUACGCCGCGCGCGCAGCGGUCUGGCAGGUCAGCAGCGGCCCACGGCCACCUUCUUCUUUGCAGGACCUUCAGGUGUGGGAAAAACACAGCUCUGUCGUGUUUUGGCAGAGGAGUACUACGUGGAUACCAAGGCCAUGGUCCGCCUGGACAUGAGCGAAUUCUCGGAACCCCACAGCGUGUCGCGCCUCAUCGGCGCGCCGCCGGGCUACGUGGGCUACAACGAUCCCCGCAGUGGGCAGUUGACCGAGGCAGUGAGGCGUCGGCCCUAUAGCGUGGUAGUCCUCGACGAGAUCGAAAAGGCCCACGCCGAGGUCUUGAACCUUCUUCUGCAGGUCAUGGAGGAUGGGCGCUUGACCGAUGGCAAGGGGAGAACAGUGAGCUUCAACCAUUCCAUCAUUGUCAUGACCUCCAACGUCGGUAGCAAGGAGAUCUUGCAACAGGCUGCCGGGAUGGGAUCCUAUGGAGAUUUGCGGCGAGCCGUUCAAGCGCAACUGCAACAGAAGUUCAGGCCCGAAUUCCUGAACCGCAUUGAUGAGCUCUUGGUCUUUCAAGCGCUCUCGGAAACACAGCUGACCCAGAUUGUGCAGUUGAUCUUAGGCGAUGCUCAGUCCAGAGCCAUCAACGCAUUUGAGGAGGCGGCACUGCAGCAUGGAUCGCCUGAGCGCUUGGAGAUCACCUGGACGGCAGACUUGGAACAGCUGGUCAUUGCCAAGGGUUCCAACGUCUCCUAUGGUGCUCGACCCCUGCGCCGGGCCGUCCAACGCCUCUUCGAGGACCCCUUGGCGGAGUUCCUGGUCGCGGGCGACUUGAAGUCGGGCGGCGCGGUGCUUGUGGACGUGGAGGAUGGUCAGGUGGUCCUCAGGUAUGAUGGACGCACACUCCGGCCCGUCUGCACGGCCAAGGAGGUGGCAGAGAUGCCCAAGGUGAUGCAAUCCGCCCUCAACCAGGCGGCGCCCGAGAACUCCAACGUGCCCGUCUCGGCCGUCUCUGUGUCCUGA